AUGGAGGCCAAUAUCAGUCCUGCAAUAGCAAACCCUAAUGCUUUGUCUUCCACUCGUUUUGUUCCAAUUAACUUCAAUCACUCACUGUCCGUGAAGCUUGAUAACAAGAAUUUCUUGAUCUGGAAACAACAAAUCGUCUCUGCGAUUCGAGGCUAUGGGCUACAGAAAUUUGUGUUUAGUGAUGAUGAAGUACCAGUUCAAUUUCUCACCAGAGAAGAUGCGAGAUCUGGAAAAGCAACUAAGGAAUUCCUCGAGUGGGAACAACAGGAUCAACUACUGCUCUCUUGGCUUCUCUCAUCUGUUUCUGAGUCAAUACUUCCUCGAUUAGUUGGCUGUGAUACAUCCUUUCUUCUUUGGGGACGAUUAGAGCAAUAUUUUGCGUCUCAGACUCGAGCCAAGGCGAAACAGUUCAAGACUCAACUUCAGCAUACCAAGAAGGGAGGUUCAACAAUUGAUGAAUAUCUUGCCAAGAUCAAGGUUUGUGUUGAUUCACUUGCAUCUGUUGGUGUUUCUUUGUCAACCAAAGAUCAUGUUGAAUCAAUUCUUGAUGGUUUACCCAAUGAUUAUGAGUCUUUCGUUACCUCAGUCAUUUUGAGGAAUGAUGAUUUUUCAGUUGAAGAAAUUGAAGCUCUCUUGAUGGCUCAUGAAUCCAGAGUUGAGAAGAACAACAGUUCUCUUGACUCCUCUCCUUCUGCUCAUGUUGCAAACUCUAACGCUGUAGAAAAAGGGAAUCGUUUUAAGCAAGAUUAUUAUGCUGCUAACUCUCAAGGUAAUCAUUCAGGUUACAAUGGUAGUUUUGGACGAGGUGGAGACUUUGGUCGUAGAGGUGGCUUCAAUGGUGGUCGUGGAUUCAAUUGGAAUUACAAUGGAAGAAGCAAUAGAGGUGGUUUUCGUGGUAGAGGAAACAGAGGUAAUUUUCAAGCAAGACCUCCUUGGAACUCUGAUAAUCAGAAUGAGAAACCAGCAUGCCAACUAUGUGGUAAAAUAGGUCAUGUAGUAGCACAGUGCUAUUACAGGUUUGACCAUACUUUCCAGGUACCACAGAAUCUGUCAGGCAGGAACCCUUCUCCUCGGGCUUAUUUCAGCUUUUCACCCCAAAUAAAUGGUGUUAUCCCAACUUCUGAAGCUUUUAGUGAUGACAAUUGGUAUCCGGACUCUGGAGCUUCAAACCAUGUGACACCUAAUCCUGCAAAUCUGAUGAAAAGUGCUGAGUUUGCUGGGCAAAAUCAGGUUCAUGUUGGGAAUGGAACAGUUUCCAAAUUUGCAAAGGAUAAUAAAGUAUUUUUUGAAUUUCAUUCUGAUUCCUGUUUUGUCAAGGAUCAGGUAACCCAAGCUGUUCUAAUGGUUGGGAAGGUGGAAUUGCAAUUUGAUUUAAAAAUCAAGUCCUUGCAAACUGACUGGGGAGGUGAAUUUCGUGCUUUUCAAUCUUAUCUUGCUGAAAAUGGCAUUGUACAUCGUGUUUCUUGUCCACACACUCAACAACAAAAUGGUGUUGCUGAACGGAAGCAUAGAACCAUAGUUGAACAUGGUUUAACUCUUCUCCAUACAGCUUCUCUUCCCCUUAAAUUUUGGGAUGAAUCAUUUAGGACUGUUGUUUACCUAUCAAAUAGGCUUCCCACUGCAGUACUUCAUCACAAAUGUCCCAUUGAAGUCUUGUUCAAGUCCAUACCUGACUAUUCCUUCCUCAAAGUUUUUGGCUGCUCCUGUUUUCCCAACUUACGUCCCUAUAACACCCAUAAACUUCAAUGCAGGAGUGAAGAAUGCACUUUUCUUGGCUAUAGUCUAAAACACAAGGGUUACAAAUGUAUGUCUUCUAGUGGUCGAGUCUAUAUUAGUCGUGAUGUCAUUUUUAAUGAAACCUCCUUCCCUUAUUCUAAAACUAUUCAAGCUUCAUCUUGUUUACCUUCCACUGUUUCCCCUUCUACUUCUCAUUUGUCUCCUUCAGCCUCUCCUCCAAUAUUGUCUCCAACAAUGCUGCCAGCUCCUACUUCUCCCAUUUCUUCAGCUAGACCAAUAAGUGAAAUGGAUAAUAUUGUUUCCACUCACCCACAUGCACCUAAUAGUGCUGAUACUACUCUAACACCUGCACAAGUUGUUUCUAAUCCAGUUGCUACUCCUGUACAACAUGUUAUCUCUUCCAUUGCAGAUGCAAGUGUGACUAGGACAAUUGCCAAGGAUGCUGAUAAUACUCAUCCAAUGAUUACUAGAGCAAAGAGUGGAAUUGUUAAACCCAAAAUUUUUAUUGCUGCAGUAAGAGAACCUUCAAGUGUUUCAGCUGCCCUUCAACAAGAUGAGUGGAAAAAGGCUAUGGUGGCUGAGUAUGAUGCAUUACAAAGAAACAACACCUGGUCACUAGUUCCUUUACCCGCUGGUAGACAAGCUAUAGGUUGCAAAUGGGUUUACAAAACUAAAGAAAAUCCAGAUGGCACUGUUCAGAAGUAUAAAGCACGAUUGGUUGCCAAAGGCUUUCACCAACAAGCUGGCUUUGAUUUUACUGAGACCUUUAGUCCAGUCGUUAAGCCUUCUACAAUAAGAGUUGUCUUCACCAUUGCUCUCUCAAGGAAUUGGGCAAUCAAGCAACUGGAUGUAAAUAAUGCGUUCCUCAAUGGAGAUUUGCAAGAAGAGGUGUUCAUGCAACAACCACAAGGGUUUAUUGAUGAGCAAAAUCCUAAUUUGGUUUGUAGACUUCAUAAGGCCUUGUAUGGUUUGAAACAAGCCCCACGAGCCUGGUUUGAGAAACUUCAUCAAGCAUUAUUGAGCUUUGGAUUUGUAUCCGCCAAGUCUGACCAGUCACUAUUCUUAAGGUUCACUCCUAGUCAUAUUACCUAUGUCUUGGUUUAUGUUGAUGACAUUUUGGUCACUGGUAGUGACACAGCUGCAAUUACUUCCCUCAUAGCUCAAUUGAACUCAGAAUUUUCCUUGAAAGACCUCGGGGAAGUACAUUAUUUCCUAGGAAUACAAGUUUCUCAUACCAAUAAUGGACUACAUUUAUCCCAGACUAAAUACAUUCGAGACUUGCUCCAAAAGACAAAAAUGGUGCAUUGCAAACCUGCCAGAACUCCCCUGCCCACUGGUCUAAAAUUGAGAGCUGGAGAUGGUGAUCCUGUGGAGGAUUUACAUGGUUAUCGGAGUACAGUAGGAGCUCUUCAGUAUGUGACCAUCACAAGGCCGGAGCUCUCCUUCAGUGUGAACAAAGUAUGUCAAUUUAUGCAGAAUCCUACAGAGGAGCAUUGGAAGGCUGUGAAACGAAUCUUGAGAUAUUUACAAGGCACUUUGCAGCAUGGUUUGCAUUUGAAGAAAUCAUCCAACCUUGAUUUAAUUGGAUUUUGUGAUGCUGAUUGGGCAUCUGAUUUGGAUGAUAGACGCUCAACCUCAGGCCAUUGUGUAUUUUUGGGACCAAAUUUGAUAUCUUGGCAAUCCAAGAAACAACAUACUGUUUCAAGGUCUAGCACUGAAGCUGAAUAUCGAAGUCUUGCAGGUUUGGUAGCUGAAAUCACAUGGUUAAGGUCAUUGUUGAGUGAGUUGCAACUUCCCCUAGCUAAGCCUCCUUUGGUUUGGUGUGAUAACCUUAGCACGGUUUUGCUGUCUGCAAAUCCUGUUCUUCAUGCAAGAACAAAGCACAUAGAGCUUGAUCUCUAUUUUGUUCGUGAAAAAGUCAUUCGGAAGGAGGUAGAAGUUCGCCAUGUCCCCUCAGCUGAUCAACUUGCAGAUGUAUUGACAAAGACAGUCUCCUCAACUCAAUUUAUUGAAUUCAGACACAAACUCAGGAUAGAAAACCUUUCUACCCUAAGUUUGAGGGGGGAUGUUAGAGAAGAUUAGUUAGGAU